CAACCACGCUAUCCCAUGCAUGCCCCGAUUUCUCCAACCUAAAAAGUCAACGCAACAUCGUGUAGCAGCGAUUGCUCUCUACCGAGCAUUGCUCUCACGAUGUUCCUCCGUCCCGCUCCCCGAUGCUGAACGCGUCUCUUUGCACAAUGCUAUCCGCAACAAGUUUCGAAAGAACAGGAAGAUACAAAGCCCGUAUCAGUUGGGGUUGAGUUUUAAAGCUGGCUACGAGGCACUCGAUCAUCUUGAUGCAGCAACUACCAGCGAUACCGCAAAUGUUGGCAUCAUAACACGGUUAAUCGCUAUUUUACCGCGAGGUUUGACUCGAUCACCGCCCCUCAGCCCUCGUCGUCUCCUUCCGCCGACCGACCCACCGAAAGAAAGACUCGCAUGCCUCCCUCCAGAACAGGCCGUGCUCAACGUCCGCCCCUACGCAAAGACUUCGGGUCCCCGUCACGUCCCCAUUAUUGCCACCGCCAACGGUGUCCCUUUCCUGCGCCUCACAAAACCCCAACCACCUGCUCUAAGCCGCGUCCUACGCCAGCGGCUGGAACGCAAACAAGCACUGUUCAAUAGGAAGAUCUUUCUAGCCAAUUGGUGGAUGCCGCUAUGCAAACAGGAGGAUGGAUGGGAUGAACAUAUGACUGCGCAGCUUAUGAAGCGUGAGGAUAAGGUGAAAUGGGUGGAGGCGAUUCAUCUAAGUGAGAAGGAGAACCAGGAGGCGUAUGAUAGGAAUGUGGACAAGGAUCGGGAGAUGAGUAGAAAGAUGCAGAAAAUCGUAGAUUUAGAAACCGAGUUGGCGCUCAAAGAGGGACAGACCAUUGUGAGGGGUAGGCAGAAGAGGCCUAUACGAAUAAUCAAACCGUAA